AUGACACUCUACUUCACUGGAUUCGUGCGGAGCCCUGGGGGGCUCCUCAAGAUGAUACAAAUCCUCAUCGGUCUUGUGCUGAUACUGAUCUUAAUGGCAGGACAUUACGAUGUCAGCACUGGGCUCUACAGACUUCGAAUCGACGCAUUCCUUAUGACUAUGACUGUGUUUACUUUCGUGCUCACAUCAGCCCUCCUACUCAUGUGCACCAUCAUGGGUUCCACGGAAUUGCCCAACUCAAUCUUGUACCGAAUUAACUAUCUCUUGGCCACAAUCACCUAUAUUCCGUUUACUGUGGGGUUCAUAUUCGAAGAGUACAUGCACGGAGACCUAAACCAGACCAUCGCCGGUGGGGUGCUGAGCAUCACCAAUUCUCUCAUCUACAUGUUCAACCUUUGUGUCAGCUACGAGCUGCGCUGUCUUAAGGGCAGGCGGAAGUCGAGGUUUGACUCGAACGGACGUGGGAGCAGGGGCAAGGGAGGAACCAGAAGAAGCCUGAGCAAGAAGGGAGGCGGAAAGAAAAGAAGAGGGGAUUUGCUCUCGGACCUAGACCGCCCUGGCAAAGUCGCUCGAAUUCGGAACGAGCAGGAUCUGUUAGCAACCGGCGACGUUGAGACGUUCCAGCGCCUAGAGCAAAUCCAGCGGAUGAACCGGCUCUUGAAAAACGACCCUGCCAUGCUCUUCACGCAGCAGGACAACUACAUGACCGGUGCAUCUCCCGUUCACGUCGCAAACCCUAAUUACUUGGCACAAGCUGCUCCAGGAGAGAGAAGCCCAGUGGGUGCUAGAAGUCCCACGGGGGCAAGGAGCCCCUUUAGGAAGAGGUCCGGCGAAAGGCUCGCGAGACGAGUCGUCCACCACGAGGUCUUCAAAGGGGAGUUUCUGCCGGGCGAUGAGAGACUCCUCUUGCAGCCAGCUGUGGGCAGGGAAUACAUCAUUCCCAUUCAAGUCGAGGGCCGCGGAGAAGGGUCUCCGUCAACAUCGAAAACUGAAACCGAGGAAGGCGAGGAAUCAAGGAGCCCGAAGAAGAAGCGCAGCCCCAAGGGUAAAAAGAAAGGAAAGAAGUCCAAAAAGGGCAGUAAGAAAGGGAGCAAAAAAGGUUCCAAGAAAGGCUCCAAGAGCAAGAAAAAGAAAAGCAGCAAAAAAGGCUCCAAGAGCAAGAAAAGGAAAAGUGGUAGUAAAAAGGGAAGUAAGUCGAAAAAGAAAAAAAGCAAGUCAAAGAAAGGGCGCAAGAAGGGAUCCAAGAGCAAGAAGAAAGGAAAGAAGGGAAAGAAAUAA